CGUCGCGUUCACAUCCCUUUCCCGAACUGGGACCUUUUCUAACAAGUCGACGUGACACACAUCACGCAACAUCUUCGACAAACCCUGUGAUACAUUCCCUUUAUCAAACAGUGGUUUUACAUUGUUAUUAAUGUAAUGUAAAACUUUGAACAUGCGGUGUUUUACCAUCUUAUGCAGACAGUUGCAAAAUUCUGUGAAAAUUAGUCACUCGAAUACGUAGAAUAUUUACUACCAGAAAUUUGCAUUAAACAACGAUGAAUACUAAUUUUCGUAUGAAAAACAAUAGUCCCAUAAACGAAUGCGGUGUGUAAAAGCAAGUGACUGUGAUAUGAUUUUGAAUAAAAUUGCGGAUAUAGUGAGGAUGACGCAUAUGUUUCAAUGCCAAGUAAUAAGUAAGAAAUAGGCGAUCGCGAAUUAAAAGGAAUCAUAAAAAUUGAAUAACAAAUACGCGAAGUAACGUUGCAUGCGCCGCAUUUAAAAGUUUACAGAAAAUAUUCGGGUCCUGCAAACUUCGUUGAACACCGUGAAAUGAAUAGUUGGUUGGACUAAUAUGAGAACAAAGGGAAAAUUUUGAUGAUCGUAGAAUUCUUUUUCUCUUUUUAGACUUUCGACGAAGCUUGUGCACGCGAUAUUAUCUGUGAACCGACUCCUUUAGUUUCGUCCGACGACUACAGAGAAAAAGCUCGGUCAGACGUUAGAAGUAAAAUCGAAAAAAGGAGGGAAACCGUGGGACAAUACUUUCGUUCGAACGAGAUAAAACGCAUCCCACCGAGACUGGAAAAUCUGGUAGAAGAGGAGGAAAAGGAAAGGACCGAAGCAGGGUGAACUUAAGAAUCAUUUUCUAUUUGUCGAGCCAUUAGUCGGAAGAAAUUCAUUAGACAAUUCAACGCUUGGGAAAUCGGAACACGUGACGGCCAAAACUUUCUUUGUUAGUCCUGGUUUUCAUUUUGGUGCCAAAGAAGUUUCUUUCCUACAGUAGAAACAGGGAAAGAAGAACGAUCCACUCUAUCUAAACCAUUCUACCAAGAAUCAAGUGUUCUGGUGGUUUGCGAUAUUAAUUGCAUGGAAGCAGGCGUAUCAGUGAUCAAUGUUAGAAGAUGACGCUGAUAAAGGAAUAGAACAAGGAGAGUCGUCUUUAAUAUCAUGGAAAUCGGAGACAAGUAAAUGUCACUCGGCCACAACAGAGGAAACGAGGCGAAUCGGAUCGAAGCGACAACUUUUCCGCCGUGUAUUUCUCCCUUUUCUUCAUCCCUGAACGCUAAACGUUUAUUGAACGAACGUCGAACUUGAGAACGUUCGAAAUGGAGACUGAAAGCAGCAGUAAUCUAUAAAAAAGGGAGUUGUUUGCUAAACUCUCCCUAAGAGGGUUCGUGCUUUUCGAUAUCAAUGACUUAUGAGGGAUCCUUAACAGAGAAAAAGAAAGAUGCAUCCUCUUGAGUUAGUGAUCGUGGGAUGGCUGGCAUUGGUGAUAUCCACGUUGGUCGAUGCCAUCGAUUAUUUGGACGACUACUCAGCGAUGGAUUACACCGACGAAUCGGACAUCGAUUACAAUACCACGAAUUGCACCAAUAGUUAUUGUAUCUCAAACGAAGAGUACGUGGAUCGUAUGAUAAAUUAUAUAUUCCCCAAGUUUUGGGACUGGGUGUUGAUCGCGUCGCAUAGCAUUGUUUUCGUGGUCGGCCUAGUCGGGAAUGCGCUAGUUUGUAUCGCGGUUUACAGGAACCAUUCUAUGAGAACGGUGACAAAUUAUUUUAUUGUCAAUUUAGCUGUGGCCGAUUUCCUAGUUUUAUUGCUUUGUCUUCCGUUCACCGUACUGUGGGACAUCACCGAAACCUGGUUUCUAGGUUUGACCUUGUGCAAAGCCGUGCCAUAUCUCCAGACAGUGUCCGUGACCGUGAGCAUAUUGACCCUAACUUUUAUAUCGAUAGAUCGAUGGUACGCUAUAUGCUUUCCCCUGAGAUUUAAGUCUACCACUGGACGAGCAAAAAGUGCGAUCAUCGGAAUUUGGGCGAUAGCCCUUCUAUUUGAUAUUCCAGAUCUCGUGGUGUUGCAUACCGUCCCACCUACGCACAUCAAAAUAAAGACCGUUUUAUUCACGCAAUGCGACAUAUCCUGGAGUCAAAGGAGCCAGGUCGCCUUUACUAUCGUCAAACUAAUUUUCCUUUAUACCGGACCUUUGAUCUUCAUGAGCGUAGCCUAUUGGCAGAUUGUAAAAGUCCUUUGGAGGAGCAACAUUCCAGGACAUAAUUUACCGUCACGAGCAUCCCAGAUGAGCCAGAUCCCAUCGACCGGUGGCGGAAAUCCGGAAGUGCAGCUGAGAUCUCGACGAAAGGCGGCAAAAAUGUUAGUCACGGUGGUCAUCACAUUUGCGAUUUGCUAUUUCCCUGUGCACUUACUCUCCGUUUUAAGGUAUACCACCACAUUACCAUCCAAUAAAUGGAUAAACGCCAUCAGCUUAAUCGCGCAUGGCCUAUGCUAUUUCAAUAGUGCAGUUAAUCCUCUGAUCUACAACUUCAUGAGCGGGAAAUUUCGGAAGGCGUUUAGGCGUACAUUUCGCUGUGCUCGAGAGAAUGGUUCUCGAAUACAGCGUGGAUAUCUUGCGAGCACAUCUAAUUUUCCUCGAAUAAAAUCUCGGACCACGACGAUACGAACGACGUUUAAGAAUAACAAUAACCUUCAACGAAAUACCGAAAUUAUACCUCUCAGUGCUAUAACCACUAUUCAGCAGAAUGAAAAACACGAUUGAUUGGAUGCAUAUACACCAAUAAUAUGACUAUCAGAUGCGCAGUAAGAUUCACAAGUAAUUUAUUUACAUGUAAUUUGAAUUUUAAUACUAAUGUAGAGUAUAAAAUAUUACAUAAAUAUAACAAAAACACUAUGUUCCACUCGGUAGUAUUUUAAAUAAUAAAAAAUACUUGUGAAAACGAUUAUAUUUAAUUCCCAAAUUCAUAAAAAUUGGUAGACACUAUAAGUUCCAUUGAAAAAUGGAAUCAUCUGAUAUAACGAAACAUUGAAUAUUAUUGAAUUAAUAUGUAAAAUGUACUUACAAUAUUAAAAAUUACCACAUAGAAGCUCGAUGUUUAUUCUCGCAGAGCGUAAACUAUAACAUAGGCACAUAUGAAUUUGUAAAUCAUUCUUCAUAAUAGAAUGAUUGUAUUUAGAACUAUUAUAUUGUAUGUAAUCUUCAGACGAUACGUAAAGUUUGCUGACAAAAUUGUAUGUAAAAACUUUAAUAAGAUAUAAAUAAUAUAUACUAUCGCUAUGUCAUAAAUAUAUGAUGUAAAUCUUAUAUUCUGUACAAUUCUACUAGCACUUCAUAUAGUCUUGACCGAAUUUAUCUUCAGUCCACAAAAAUUACAUUUUUACCGCAUAUGAGAAUCAUUUAACUGAAAGAUCAAUCCCACUGUUUAUAUGAUGUCAACACUGUUAAUGAAACUUUUAUACAAGUUAAAAUUAAUUGAUAGGAUCCGUACAAUUAAAGUUUAUGCAAAACUUAAUAAGUUAAAAAGAGGAAAAUAAAUUUAGUCAUUUAUGGAAAAAACUUCUUAUCAAUAUAUUAUCUUUCCAUUCCACCUUGCCAGUAACAAAGCAUAUCUUCAUAAGCGUAUUUAAAAAAAAAAAAGAAUAAUCGCGGUUUGGACUUCUCAUAGCUAUUACGAAAAGCCGAUUAACAUUUAUUAACGACAAAUUUAAUAGUUAGUAUUACCUUUGACUUAACUAGACUUUAAGAUACAGUAAAUUAUGUAACGAUUAUUUCUUUACGAUGCAGAUUAAAGAUUUCUUUUGUUCUAGUGUAAUAUAAGUAAAAUUAAAGCAUUAAGUAGUGGUUCUUUAUCUAAUAAAUGUAC